UGCUCUUAAACUGAGCUGGCAGCCUCCAGCCGCCCGUCUUUGUAAGGAGACCACUGAGACGAGCAGGAGCGUGGAGCAGCAGCUUCUCGGCUGCCCUGACUUUUGAAGAAAUCUCAAUGAACUAUUUGUAGACAAUCACUGAUCCGGCCUGCAAGAUUUUUUUUUUCUUUGCAAGGCAAAGACACUGAUCAGUGUUAAGUGAAGAUCACAUCUUAUAUGCGAUCUUGACUUUUUUUUUUUGGUCUUACAUUAUAUUUUUAUAGAUUUUGUUAUAAUCAUGGUGCUGGGAAAGGUGAAGAGUUUGACAAUAAGCUUUGACUGUCUUAAUGACAGCAAUGUCCCCGUGUAUUCUAGCGGGGACACUGUCUCAGGAAGGGUGAAUUUAGAAGUUACGGGGGAAAUCAGAGUAAAAUCUCUUAAAAUUCAUGCAAGAGGACAUGCGAAAGUACGCUGGACCGAAUCUAGAAACGCCGGCUCCAAUACUGCCUAUACUCAGAACUACACUGAAGAAGUAGAGUAUUUCAACCAUAAAGACAUCCUAAUUGGGCACGAAAGAGAUGAUGAUAAUUCCGAAGAAGGCUUCAACACUAUUCAUUCAGGAAGGCAUGAAUAUGCAUUUAGCUUCGAGCUUCCACAGACACCACUUGCUACCUCAUUCGAAGGCCGGCACGGUAGUGUGCGUUAUUGGGUGAAGGCUGAAUUGCAUAGGCCUUGGCUUCUGCCAGUAAAAUUAAAGAAGGAAUUUACGGUCUUUGAGCACAUAGAUAUCAACACUCCUUCAUUACUGUCACCCCAAGCAGGCACAAAAGACAAGACGCUCUGUUGCUGGUUCUGCACCUCAGGCCCGAUAUCCUUAAGUGCCAAAAUCGAGAGGAAGGGCUACACCCCAGGUGAAUCGAUACAGAUCUUUGCUGAGAUUGAGAACUGCUCUUCCCGGAUGGUAGUGCCAAAGGCAGCCAUUUACCAAACACAGGCUUUCUAUGCCAAAGGGAAGAUGAAGGAAGUAAAGCAGCUUGUGGCAAACUUACGUGGGGAGUCCCUGUCGUCCGGGAAGACAGAGACAUGGAAUGGCAAGCUACUAAAAAUCCCGCCAGUUUCCCCCUCCAUCCUUGACUGUAGUAUAAUCCGUGUGGAGUACUCGCUCAUGGUAUAUGUGGAUAUUCCUGGAGCUAUGGAUUUAUUUCUUAAUUUGCCCCUCGUCAUCGGUACCAUUCCUCUCCAUCCAUUUGGUAGCAGAACCUCAAGUGUAAGCAGUCAGUGUAGCAUGAACAUGAACUGGCUUGGUUUAUCCCUUCCUGAAAGACCUGAAGCACCACCCAGCUAUGCAGAAGUAGUAACCGAGGAACAAAGACGAAAUAAUCUGGCACCAGGGAGUGCCUGUGACGACUUUGAGAGAGCGCUUCAGGGACCACUGUUUGCAUAUAUCCAGGAGUUCCGGUUCUUGCCUCCACCUCUUUAUUCAGAGAUUGAUCCAAAUCCUGAUCAGUCAUCUGAGGAUAGACCAUCCUGCCCUUCUCGUUGAAAGAAGAACACUUGGUUGAAUCAAGUUGAUCUGGGUUCCAAACUGUAUCUCUUCCGGCUGAGGACAGAGAAGUAUCUUGGAGACACGUUUUUCAGAGGAAGUGGAAUUGCUUUUGCCCAGAAAAUGGCAAAUACGUGAAACCACCAGUGAUCAUGCUUUAGAAUCUACAGCAGCAUUCUGGGGCUGCUCCAACAUGCUUGAAGAUCUAAGCUUUCUCCUGUAAAACUACACAUGCUAAGAGCAGUCUUCUUAGCCUGUGGUCAUAUGUGUCAAGACACCAUUGCAAAGAAGGACAUGGUCCUUCUGGUUUGAAAAUUUGCACAUGCUCAAUGCUUACAUUGUGCAGUUCAAUGUCACUACAGCUUUUUUUUUUUCAUUUAUGCCAGACUCUUGAUACUUACAAAACUUGUUUGUGGUCAGCACAACAAGGAGCAAAAGAAAGCUUUGAAAAACUCUUACAUGGAAAAAAAACGCACUGACAGUUUGUGGGUUUUUGUUGUUUUUUGUUUUGUUUGUUUAAGUUAAUGUAGCCUGGACUCUACCUGCGUAUGCACAUGCUCAGAAUUGUCCUACUAGGCUGACCAUGUAUCACCUCUUCAGCUUGGAUCCUAUUGUGGAUUUAUUUACAAACAUCAAAUGCCUUCAAGCCAAUCCUUUUGCUGUACGUUUUGCAGCCUACUGUAGUAGAUGCGCAACAGAUAUGUGGGGGAAAACAAGGAGAGGAAGCUAAUGAGAGACGAAGACUGUGUACCUAGGCUCCUUGAGACUGUUGCCGUCUACUAUUGACAGCAAAGCAGCAUUUUGUUACUGACUGCCUAAAAUCACUUAAUCUCAGGUGAAUGCAUCACUUGCCAAACUGUCGGAAUGCUAUUUGUGUUUUUGUUGCACUGUUACGUUGUUGUUGUUGUCGUUGGUGUUGUUGUUGGUGUUGUCGUCUGAUUGGCUUUUUGGAGAGGGAAAUUCAGAAAUGGGACAUACACAAAACUGAUAACCCACCCACAUCCCCUUUUUAUCAUUACAUGUGAGAAGAAACUAGAGCUAAGAGUGAAGAAAGACAGUAGGGCAGGCACCAGCAAAGAGUUCAGGGCUGUUGCUCUUAAAAACUAUUUUUAUUAUUUAAAAGUAAAUGGAAGUUGUCCAGUCACCAGGGAAGGGAAGGGAAAAUGCAUUUAUUUUUAUACAGAGUUACUUAAUUACCUCCAAAACACAUAUGUUUGGAAAUCAGUUUUGCUGAUACAGAGUACUUUAUUAAGCCAGAAUGUGUAUGUCAGUUAUGAUUGGAGAAGCUUGAUUUAUACAUUUGCUCAAGUUUAAGAGAAUAAAAUUCCAAAUUUGUUCCCAAAGUGUCUAACUUAGUAUUUACCAAUACUAGAAUGUUUGCUGGGAUAAAUAGCUUUCAUUUGUCCUUGUGUGUGUUAUUUUUUCUCUCUGAAGAGGUCUCUCAACUUUGAAUACGUAUAGAUAGAAUAACACCUCAGUACCAGCAUUCAUGAAAACGUUUAAAACUGCACCUUCCCAAGUAUAAAGUGUAGUGAUUUUUCUUUUUUUAGGAGUUUACUUCUGUUUUUAAUGACACCAGCAUCUCUGAUAUUGCAACAUAUGUGUGAAAUGGACGUUACAUCCAUCUACCUUGCCACCUAACCCACAGUUAAUAAAGUGACUGAAAAUUAUGGUAACUCUGGCUUGGUGCUUGACCUGCUUAAAUACUGUCUUAAAGCUUCAUACAAAAUAGGCUUUUCCAUAAGUGGCCUUUAAGAAAACAUGGAAGACAAUUCAUGUUUGAAAUAAUGCUGACAGGGUGAAGAAAACCCACUGUAAAAAGGAAUCGCGUUUUAAGUGAUUCGGUUAAAGGGUUUGUGCUCCCGUAGCAAACUAAUACUAGAUAAUAAGGAAAUGGGGGUGAAUUAUUUUUUUAUUGUUAAAACCAUUUUGUGAAUGUCCCCCUCAGAAGAAGCUCAUGGGAUAUUUGGCAUAAAGGGCAUUUGGUGGUUUUGUUUUCCUUUGGGAGGGAUUGUCUGAUAACACCUCUUACUCUUCCUGUUAUGUCUAACUAGGGAACAAUUGUUGAUGUGCAUGGCAUCGGGACACUCACUACCGUAUUUUACAAAAUACUGCAUAAGCAAGAAUGACCAAUAUGACAAAAAUUGGCACUGGGUGGCAAAAUUCUUGUAAGACUUGGUAAAAAUAAAGUUUUAUUUUUACCAUUAAAUAUUUCUUUACUCAUUUAGAGGCAUUACAUUUUUCUAAAUAUUGGUCAGUUCCUGACAUACAUGUGAGGUCACAGUUGCACUCUAGUAUUCAAGAUAGCUUCCUAAUUUUUUGUUUAGGAAAAGUAAAAUCCAAAAUGUUCGCGAAACAAAGUGCAAUAUUAAAUGUUUGCUUUAUAGAUUAUACUCUAUGGCUGUUUAUUAAUCUCUCUUUUUUAUUUGGUGCUGAAUAUGUCCUUGUAGGCUCUGUUUUAAGAAAACUAUGUGGAAAAUGAUUUAAUUUUUCCUGUUGCUCUUCCUUGUGGAAAAUA